AUGGCGGACCACCUGGAGCUGCUGGCUGAGAUGCCAGCGGUUGCCCGGAUGGGCACCCAGGAACGGCUCAAGCACGCCCAGAAACGCCGCACCCAGCAGCUGAAGAAGUGGGCCCAGCUUGAGAAGGACGGGCAGGGCAAGAAGGCCAAAGGGGGGGAGAAGAAGAGGCGGAGGGCCGCCAAGGAGACCAGGGUGGUCUUCCCUGAAAACGUCCAGCUUCUGGAGGCCGCCGGCCGCAACGAUGUGGAGGAAGUCCAGCAGCUCCUUCAGAAGGGCCUCAGCCCCGACCUGUGCAACGAGGAUGGACUGACCGCCUUGCACCAGUGCUGCAUUGACGACUACGGGCAGAUCGUGGAGCUGCUGCUGGAAGCCGGGGCCGACGCGAACGCCUGCGACAGCGAGCUCUGGACCCCGCUGCACGCUGCCGCCACCUGCGGGCACCUGGCCCUGGUGGGGCUGCUGGUUCAGAGGCCCCACGUCCGGGUCCUCCCGGCCAGUGGCCUCUUCCGAGCCGUGGGUGGGCAGCCCGUGGGGCUGCACAUCGCCUCAGCCAACGGCUACCUGGAGGCUGCCGAGCUCCUGAUAGAACACCAGGCCAGCCUGAGCGCCAGGGACCACGACGGCUGGCAGCCCCUUCACGCCGCCGCUUGCUGGGGCCAGAUCGCCUUGGUGGAGCUGCUGGUGGCCCACGGAGCAGAUCUCAACGGGAAGUCGGUCUUGGAGGAGAGCCCGCUGGAUGUGUGUGCGAAUGAAGAAGUGCGGGCCAAACUUCUGGAGCUGAAGCACAAGCAGCAGGCCGUCAUGAAGUCCCACGACAAGCAGAAGUCCCUGCUGCAGCGCCGGACGUCCAGUGCCGGCAGCCGAGGGAAAGUGGUGAGGCGGGCGAGCCUGACCCAGCGCACCAACCUCUACCGCAAGGAACAGGCGAAGGAGGCCAUCGUGUGGCAGCGGCGGCAGAGCGAGGGAGAGCCGGAGGACGAGGACGGACAGGCCGACGGGCAGCUCCGAGUCCAGGACCCCGAAGCGGAAGCAGGGCCCCCCGAGGAGCGCAACGGCACGGCCCCCCCUCACCCCUUGUACCCCAAGCGGCCGGACCGCGCCUCUUCCUCCCAGCUGGCCGCCCAAGAGGACCCGGCAUCCGGCCUCAGCAAGGAGAAGGCCCACCACACCUUAGCGGACCUCAAGCGCCAGCGGGCAGCGGCCAAGCUGCAGCGCCCCUCGACGGAAGAGCUCCUGCCCGGCCGUGACCAGGCCCCUCAGCCCCCCCAGGCGGGGCCCAACGCCGAGUCCCUCACCGCAGCCAGUGGAGACCCUCCCCUCCUCAAGUUGACUGCUCCGGCCGAGGAGAGGCCGGCCCAGAAGAGGCGCUGCUGCCAGCUGAUGUGA